GUAUCCAUGUUGUAACUGCUCUGAUCACAUAUUUUGCAAAACAACAACUUUCAGAAGAAACCUUAACCAACAACAAUAAAAAAUCUCCGGCGAAGAUGGGCGUGGUUGAUUUGAUCACUAGGGUUGAUUCCAUAUGUAAGAAGUAUGACAAGUAUGACAUCGAUAAACAAAGAGAAGCUAAUGUCUCCGGUGACGAUGCUUUCUCUCGCCUUUACUCCACCUUCGAAUCUGCACUCGAAACUGUUCUUCAGAAAACAGAGGAUUUGUCGUCUGAGACGAAUAAAGCCAAAGCUGUAGCGAUGAACGCGGAGAUACGAAGAACGAAAGCUCGAUUGCUUGAAGGAGUUCCAAAACUUCAGAGGCUUGCUCUCAAAAAGGUCAAAGGGAUUUCAAAGGAAGAGCUUGAUGUUAGAAAUGAUUUGGUUUUGUCAUUGAGAGAUAAGAUUGAGGCCAUACCAGAUACCUCUGCUCCUGUUGUAGGUGGUUGGCCAGGUUCAACAUCAUAUUCGAACAUCAGAUUCGAUACUAAUGUCUCGGAUUAUAGAAUUAGUACUGAAUAUUUCGAGCCAACCGAAGAGUCUGAUCAGUUCAAACAAGAAUUUGAGAUGAGAAGAAUAAAACAGGAUCAAGGAUUGGAUUAUCUAGCUGAAGGAUUGGAUACUCUCAAGAAUAUGGCUCAGGACAUCAAUGAGGAACUUGAUAGACAAGAACCACUCAUGGAUGAAAUAGAUACAAAGACUGACAAGGCAGCUAUUGACUUGAAAAGCACCAAUGUGAGGCUCAAGGAUACUGUAACAAAGUUGAGAUCGAGCCGCAACUUCUGCAUAGACAUCAUCCUCUUAUGCAUACUCUUGGGAAUCGCUGCCUUCAUAUACAAGUAA